GGAAACAAAGCCGAGACGGAAUUGAGUAUGGCAGGGACAUGGACGGCAGAUUUUUUUUUUUUUUUAAGUAAGUAAAUGAGAAAGAAAAGCAAAAAUAUGGGAGAGGAAGGGCGGACAGAAGGAUGCGGUCUACUUUUUUUAAAGCUCUUUCACGAAGGGAAAAGCAUUCCUGAAAACAGUCCAGGGUCCAGGUAGCCGUGCCCCCAGCCCAGCCGUGGUGCAAUCCUGGUACAUGGACGAGUCCGCCGGUGACCCGCUGCAGCUCCACCGCGCAGAGCCCGCGCACCCGGUCCUCCUGGAGCAGCUGCACUGGCUCGGUGUCCUUUACUGGACGCUGAAUGCUGACAAAGAUGAGAAUGAUCCAGAAUUAGAAAAGAUCCGAAAAGAGAGAAACUACUCCUGGAUGGACGUGAUAACCAUAUGCAAAGACAAACUACCAAAUUAUGAAGAAAAGAUGAAGAUGUUUUACGAGGAGCAUUUGUACCUGGAUGACGAGAUUCGGUACAUCCUGGAUGGUAGUGGGUACUUUGACGUGAGGGAUAAAGAGGACAGGUGGAUCCAGAUCUUCAUGGAGAAAGGAGACAUGAUCACUCUCCCCGCCAGGAUAUACCACCGCUUCACGCUGGAUGAGAAGAACUACGUGAAGGCCAUGCAGCUGCUUGUGGGAGACCCAGCGUGGACGGCGUACAGCUGCCCGGCUGCCCACUUCGAGGCCCGUGGGCAGUAUUGAGUUUCUGGCACAGAUGGCCUAGCGGUGCCCUGGGGCCUCGUGUACCCGAAG